CUCUCUCCUCCAUCUUUCCUCCAUAGGCGGCCAAAUAAUUUUCUUCCCCUUGCUUUUGAUUUCAUUUCAAGGAAACUUCCAAAUUUCUCAGUCUAAAAUCCCUAUGAAAACCUGAUCUUUCAACCCAUUUUUGCUCAUUCAAAUCAACCACAAGGAGCUCUUGAAUUAAUCAUCCUCUCCCAGUAUGCUCUUUCACCGACUCGUUUUUGCUUCAAUAUUCAUAGUUUGUAGCCUUACAAGGUUUGCAAAUGGAGCUACGCUUGGCAGAGAUGAAGUGGAAGCUUUGAGAAGCAUUGGUAGGACAUUGGUGAAGACAGAUUGGAACUUUGAUGAUAUUGAUCCAUGCAGUGGAGCCAGGGGUUGGAUAGAUCCACCAUCAUCUAGUUAUGCUAAUAAUGUUACAUGCGAUUGCUCCUUCAACAAUAGCAAUACCUGCCACGUCACCCACAUACUGCUCAAGACACAAAAUCUCUCAGGUACCCUCCCAACAAACUUGGACAGUCUCCCUUUCCUGCAAGAAAUUGACCUAACUCGCAACUAUCUUAGUGGCAACAUUCCUCCUCAAUGGGGCUCUGCUUCCAGACUCGUCAACAUUUCCCUUCUUGGAAAUCGAUUAACUGGUGAAAUCCCAGAAGAGCUAGCAAACCUCAGCAAUCUUACCAGUUUAGUUCUUGAGGUCAAUGGACUUUGGGGAAAUUUGCCUCGGGCAUUGGGGAAUCUAUCCAAACUUGAGAGAUUGCAUCUUAGUUCCAACAAUUUUACUGGAGGAAUACCUGAUGCAUAUGCUAGGCUGACUUCGUUGAAGGAGUUUCGUAUCAGUGACAACAACUUCACGGGACGGAUUCCCGAGUUCAUGUUCCGGAGCUGGAGAAAUCUUACACUGAUAUACAUGGAGGGAAGUGGCUUGAGUGGACCAAUUCCAUCCAUUAAUACUACUCUGGAAAACUUAAAAUACAUAAUAAUUAGUGACUUGAACGGAGCUGAAGCGGCUUUUCCACGACUCGAUGCCGAUCUGCCUAGUUUGGAUAGAGUGAUGUUGAGGAGCUGCAAUCUCAUUGAAGAGAUACCUGCUUUUCUUGGGAGAUUCACAACGAUAAAGAUCUUAGAUCUCAGCUUUAACAGACUCAGUGGAGAAAUCCCAGAUCUUUCUGGUCUUAAUUUGGAUACAUUGUACUUAAAUGGAAACAAUUUUACUGGAGCAGUCCCUCGUUGGAUACUGCAAACAAGAGAAGAAAUGGAUGUUUCAUAUAACAACUUCACUAGCACGGGUGGUGUAACAGACUGCGGAAGUCCAACCCUGAACCUUUUUUCAAGCAUUCCAAGGACCAAUAACUCAGGGAUCGUUCCAUGUUUGAGUAACCAGAUUAACUGCACAGAACCUUUGCAUUCUGUUUAUAUAAACUGUGGAGGAAGACCAAAAAGCAUUAACGGAACCAAUUAUGAAGGUGAUGUUGGUCAAGCCGGACCUUCGACAUUCUUACGGUCGGAUUCCAACUGGGCACUUAGUAGCACCGGAGUUUUUCUAAAUGAUGAUCGGAACAACGACAUCUUAACAAUUGGUAAUGCCGAUGGUGAACUCCACGAAAAUGCAAGGCUCUCGCCUAGCUCUUUGACAUACUAUGCAUUCUGUCUCGCCAAUGCAAGUUACACAGUAAACCUCCAUUUUGCCGAGAUUCAGUUCACUAAUCAAAAUUAUAGCAGCUUAGGGAGGAGGGUGUUUGACGUUUACAUUCAGGGACAGCGGGUGCUUAAGGAUUUCAAUAUUGAAGAAGCAGCAGGAGGGGCAGGCAUACAAGUAGUAAGGCCUUUUGCUGUAAAUGUAACAGAUGGCACUUUGGAGAUCCACCUCCGAUGGGCCGGAAAAGGGACGACUUCUAUUCCCGGGAGAGGCGUUUACGGUCCCCUUAUCUCUGCAAUAUCCAUUUUCGAUCCUGCUUAUACACCUGCAAUGCCUCGAGCAGAAAGCGACGGCGGUGGUAUUGCGGUAGCUGCGGUGGUUGGUAUAGUGGCCGGAGGGGUGUUUGCUGCUUUGCUGUUGGUGGGCAUCCUUUGGUGGAAGGGCUGUUUAAGACGGGAGAGAACAUUAGAACAAGAUCUAAAAGGUGUAGAUUUGCAGACAAGUUCCUUUAGCUUAAGGCAAAUUAAAGCUGCUACAAAUGAUUUUCACGUUUCGAACAAAAUUGGAGAAGGCGGUUUCGGUCCCGUUUACAAGGGCACUCUACAGGACGGCACGGUAAUCGCUGUUAAGCAGCUAUCGGCUCGAUCCAAGCAAGGGAAUCGUGAGUUCGUGACCGAGAUUGGCAUGAUUUCGGCUCUACAACACCCUCAUCUUGUAAGGUUGUAUGGAUGUUGCAUAGAAGGAAAUCAAUUGAUGCUUAUAUAUGAGUACCUGGAGAACAACAGCCUUGCACGAGCAUUAUUCGGGCAAUCGGAAUUUCAGUUGAAAUUAGACUGGACAACAAGACGAAAGAUCUGCAUCGGUAUAGCAAGAGGAUUAGCUUAUCUCCAUGAAGAAUCAAGGUUGAAGAUUGUUCAUAGAGACAUCAAGGCCACCAAUGUGUUGCUUGACAAGAAUCUAAACCCGAAAAUAUCUGACUUCGGUUUGGCCAAGCUUGAUGAAGAAGAUAACACCCACAUUAGCACCCGAAUCGCCGGAACUUAUGGCUAUAUGGCUCCGGAAUAUGCAAUGCAUGGUCACUUGACAGAAAAAGCAGAUGUAUACAGCUUUGGGAUUGUGGCUCUCGAAAUUGUUAGUGGCAGAUGCAACACUAGAACCCGUCCGAAGGAAGAACCGUUCAUUCUCCUCGAAUGGGCACAUGUUUUGAAGGAGCAAGGGAAGUUGUUGGACUUAGUUGACCCUCGGAUUGGCUCGGAUUGCAACAUAGAUGAAGUGAUGGCGAUGAUCGGUGUCGCUCUUUUGUGCACAAAUCCAACUGCGUCGGCUAGGCCUUUGAUGUCUUCCGUGGUGAGCAUGCUCGAAGGCAAGGCGUCGGUCGAGGAAUUCUUGAUUGAUUCGAGCAUUACUUCAAGUCGUCAAAUGGAUACCGAAGCUAUGAAGAAGUUGUACCGGAAACUCGAAGAAGACGACACGGAUAUUAGCCAAACGAAGAGCAUGUUAGGUGAUGGACCAUGGACUGGUUCUUCUACAUCUGCUGCUGAUCUCUAUCCAGUCAGUUUGAAUUCUGGGUACUGGCAGAAUCGAGAUUCGACAAAUUAGAAACAACUUGUGAAUGAUCUGCUGCUGGAAUAAGUUCAUUAGGAACAAUGCACUUUUUUCUUGCCUAGUUCUUUUUUCCCAGGAAAAUCCGCUGUAUUUUGAACCAGAGGCUCAAGCAGCCUAUUUGAUUCAUUCAACUGCGUUCAUAAUGUGUCAUCCAAUAGUUUUGAAGUUCGAAUAUCAUAUUCGUA